UGUCCGAGCCACCGCGGGGCCAGGGGCUGCUGGGGUCCACGACGGCUGGAGACCAAGGAGAACCUGACCCGAACCCACGGAGCUCAGGGGGAUCCCUCCACGGCCUUCGGAGCUGGCGCUGGGAGGCGAGGCAUUGGUGCUGACUAGACCCACCGGUGCAGGGUGGCCAGAGCAGGGGUCACAAACUGAGGGACGUGGACAGGACCCAAUGCUCCCAAGACCACAAGAUCCCAUCGCGGACACGUGAAGACGGGCAGUAGUAGCUCAGGAGGCGGCGAUGGAAGGACUCUUGCUCAAGGCCGCCCCCCAGGGCUCCGAGGCGGGAAAAACCUGGCAACCAGAGGGUCAGGUCAGGGAGAGCUGCCUGAAGCAACAGGCCGUGGCCCACGGGGAAGAGCCCGCCGGGCGAGCUGUGCGGGCGCAGGAUGAGCUCAGCGGGAUUCCGGGAACCGGCUCGAGCCCUCCCGGUCCCCAAACCCCCCAAACCGACAGCGGGCCCCAGAGGCGCGGGGCGCCGAGGAAGAACCGGAAGCAGAAGCAGGCCGAGUCCGGGGCGCAGGAGCGCGGGGGCGGCCCGGGGAAGCCGUGGAAGUGUGGGGACUGCGGCAAGGCCUUCAGCUACUGCUCGGCGUUCACCCUGCACCAAAGAACGCACACCGGGGAGCGGCCGUUCGCGUGCGCCGAGUGCGGCAAGGCCUUCAGCCAGAGCGUGCACCUGACGCUGCACCUGCGCACGCACACGGGCGAGCGGCCCUACGCGUGCCCCGAGUGCGGCAAGGCCUUCAGCCAGGGCUCCUACCUGGCGUCGCACUGGCGCACGCACACGGGCGAGCGGCCGCACCGCUGCGCCGACUGCGGCAAGGCCUUCGCGCGCCCCACGCACCUGGCCCAGCACCGGCGCGUGCACACGGGCGAGCGGCCGUUCGCGUGCGGCCAGUGCGCCAAGGCCUUCCGCAACCGCUCGUCCCUGCUGGAGCACCAGCGCAUCCACACCGGCGAGAAGCCGUUCGCGUGCGCGCAGUGCGCCAAGGCCUUCCGCUUCUCGUCGGCGCUCAUCCGCCACCAGCGCACGCACACGGCCGAGCGGCCCUACGCCUGCGGCCAGUGCGCCAAGGCCUUCUCGCAGACCGCGCACCUGACGCAGCACCGGCGCGUGCACACCGGCGAGAAGCCGUUCGCCUGCCCCGACUGCGGCGCGCCCUUCAGCCAGAGCGCCUCGCUGGCCGAGCACCGGCGCAUCCACACGGGCGAGAAGCCGUUCGCGUGCGCGCAGUGCGGCAAGGCCUUCACGCAGGUGUCGCACCUGAGCCAGCACCAGCGCGUGCACACGGGCGAGCGGCCCUACGCGUGCCCGGACUGCGGCCGCGCCUUCAGCAACCGCUCGCACCUGCGGCAGCACCAGCUGGCGCACACCGGCGCCAAGCCCUACAGGUGCCUGCAGUGCGGCGAGGCCUUCAGCCACGUGUCCUCCCUCAUCGAGCACCAGAAGGUCCACACGGGCGAGAGGCCCUACCGCUGCGCGCAGUGCGGCAAGGCCUUCAGCCAGGGCUCCUCGCUCACGCUGCACCAGCGCACGCACACGGGCGAGCGGCCGUACGCGUGCCCCGAGUGCGGCAAGGCCUUCAGCAACCGCUCCUACCUGAUCCAGCACCACAUCGUGCACACCGGGGAGAAGCCCUUCGAGUGCGGCGGCUGCGGCAAGGCCUUCAGCUUCUCCUCCGCGCUCAUCCGCCACCAGCGCACGCACGCCGACAGGAAGGCCUGCUCGGGCGGCCGGUGCGGCGACACCUGA